CUGACUACCGCGCAGCAAUGAACUUUUGGAGUAGCUACUUAACUACUGGGAGCCACAAACUUACUUACUACGCCACAUAACUCUGAAGUGUGUGAUUGCAUCGCUUGCUGGAAUGGCUCAAUUACUGAGCUGGUCAUGUAGAACGCUGCUUCUACUGCCUCUUAUUGGAAUAUGUUUCACAAAAUUUACAAGAGCAGAUGGAGUGAGAUCUGAAAUCCACAUAUUCCAUCACUCAUGCGCCCUGAAGAAAGACGAAGGGCCAUGCAAGGCAUUAAAGGACAGGUUCUACUUUGACACUGACACAGGUCGUUGUGAGUCCUUUGAAUACGGAGGCUGUCAAGGCAAUGAAAACAAUUUCGAGACCCUACAGGAGUGUGAGAAAAUGUGUCUUGUGAAAGAGGACAAGAGUCCAUGCCAACUGGAUGAUGAGCCGGGGCCGUGUCGAGGACUGGUGCCUCGUUAUUUUUUUGAUUUCAAGAGCCAGGAAUGUAAGCGAUUCUUUUAUGGUGGUUGCUUUGGGAAUGCCAACAACUUUAAGACCAUAAAAGAAUGCCAUGAGAGAUGUCUACCUGCCUUAAACAACAUGGAACGAAAUGCUCCAUUAAAGCCAGAAGAAGAAGAAGCCAAGCCCAAGACAGAACCUCUCGCUAAACACGUUGAAGCUCCAUUGAACGCAUCACAUUUGCCAAUGCAGAGAAUGUCCAAACCAUCUGCAAAGAAACCAAGGUUAAAUCGCCCAAAGUUGUGCUUUAGUCCAAUUGAUAGGGGCAAUUGUGAAGGCUCUGAGGGGAGAUACAUGUACAACCCCAGGACUAAGAGAUGCCAGAUGUUUCACUACAGCGGCUGUGGAGGCAACAAAAACAACUUUGUCAAAAGGGGCGAUUGCAUUAAAAUGUGCAUGAGAGAUCUAAGGAGGAAGCUAAUAUGGUUAAAGUUGAGGAAUUCAAAAGUUGUAUUCCGAUCUGUCAAACCCUAAAUCCUAAACCACUCUUCAGAGAGAAAAUAAGAAACAGCAGCAUGUGCUAGUACCUCGCUAACCCACACAUUAUUGUCAUGUUUAUAAUCAUCACAGUUAAUGGAUUUUCAUCUAGACUUUAUAUAUAAAGACAAUCUAUGUAUUUUAAGUCUAAAAUGUAAUCACUUUGUAUUGUUUUAUGGGGAGAAAGGAAAAACACUAUGAUACACAAGAUUCUAAAUCAUUUUUCUUUCUUUUCCUUUAUUUUUUUAGUAAAAAAAAAAAAAAAGCAUAAUCUUUUUAAUGUGUUUAUUAAUGUGUACAAUCCAAAAUGUUAUGAUUAUUAUCCCCUUGCAUUGUGACCUUGAACUCGUCAUUGUUUGUACGUAAUGACUAGAGGCAAAAAAAAAAAAAAAAUUAAUCCAGGAUACAGUGAGUGAAGUUGAAUCUAGCAUAACAAUUUAUAUAAAAAUGUGACCAACAGAUCAUCACUAAGAGAACCACUUAUAUGCCUGCAUAAUUUACUAACAUCUUACCAAUAGAGUACCAGCAAUUCCGUUGUGAAAGGUGUUUUAGGACUUCUUGAUGGUUUGAAAAAAGAAAGCACAUAAAUCUGCUUACAACUCUGUUUUCUACACAAGAUGGAGCUGUUACUCUAAAGAAGACAUUUUGCAAUCCACUACUAGUGGUUAAAAUGUCUAUGCACUCUUAUUAAACAAUUGUAUUUGAAUGAA